ACAUCCGGUGUGGUUCAGCUUGGCGGGAAGUUCAAGAAUAUAUAUAAUAGUGGUAGGGAAUGUUACUGACACAAAGUUUUUAAAACUGCAAAACGUUUUAUACGAAAGAGAAAUGUAGGAAUACUGCAAAUGUUUACUUUUUAAUGUAAGAAGCAGUACUAUUGGCGGAAGGUUAGCACUAGCUAAUAGUACGCAGCUGCACGUUGGACAAGAACUUGGAUAAAUUUAAUUACAGAAAAAAAAAAUGAUGAAUGGAGUAUGUGAACUGGUACAAACUUUUCCUAAAGAAGAUGCAGCGGUCUAUCAUAUAGAAGUUCUAAAAAAACUACAGAGUGUUGCCAGCAAUGCUAUCAUCCAAGAAAGAGUGUCCAAGAUACUUUGUCAGCAGAAAUGUAUUUAUGGAGACUUUGUUUUAACAGAGUUUGGCGAUGAAAUUCUGUCUCAGAAUAUCCAGUCAAUAUCAUUAUCAGAUUCAGAAAAUCUUAUUCUGGAUAGAAAGGGUGUAGAUCUAAGCCAGGUCCAAGUCCAAGUGCACAUUUACACCCUCAAUCAUGAUGAAGCAGGUUUGGAGGAGAUGGAAGAGGAGCAGGUUUCCAUGGCGACACAGUGGAUACUUCCCUCAGUGCAUUUUCACAGUUUGUGGGAAAGCCUUGUCUAUGAUGAAGCUAUCAAAGAGAGAUUGCUGAAUUAUGCAACAAGCACCCUUAUCUUCUCUGACAAAAAUGUAAAUAGUUGUAUCAUAUCCUGGAACAGAGUUAUUCUUCUUCAUGGUCCUCCAGGUACAGGCAAAACAUCCUUAUGUAAAGCCCUUGCUCACAAGCUCUGCAUUCGUCUAGCAGACCGUUUUCCAUGUGGGCAGCUGGUUGAAAUCAACAGCCACAGUCUUUUCUCCAAGUGGUUUUCAGAGAGUGGGAAGUUGGUCACAAAGAUGUUUCAACGGCUGCAUGAGUACAUGCUAGAUCCAGAUCUGUUUGUGUGUGUUCUCAUUGACGAGGUUGAAAGUUUGACAGCUGCACGCAAGAGCUGUUUAAAUGGAAAUGAACCAUCAGAUGCCAUAAGGGUUGUCAAUGCAGUGCUGACUCAGAUUGAUCAAUUGAAGAAGUUCCCCAACUGUCUGAUUCUGACCACCUCUAACAUAACUGGAGCCAUAGAUCUUGCUUUUGUUGACCGGGCAGAUAUAAAACAGUACAUCGGGCCACCGUCUCCCAGGGCCAUCUAUAAGAUUUUUAUAUCUUGCCUUAAUGAACUCAUGAGGGUUGGUAUCAUUACUCCAGCCAAGCAACUUCUAGAAAUGAGGGCACUGGAAGUGAUGCGGUUUGCUGAUAACAAUACGACACGUCCCAGUCUUCAGCUCAGAGAAAUAUCUCUAAAAUGUCAUGGAUUAAGUGGACGCACCUUGAGGAAGCUUCCUUUCAUGGCCCAUGCCAUGUUUAUACAAGGUGGAGCAGUUACUCUGGAGGUAUUCCUUCAAUACCUUUCUCAAGCUGUGGAUCAACAAUUUCGGGAUCAGGCCCAUCUUGUGGCAUGAUUAUCCCUAAUAUUCACAAAUGAUUAAAAAUUGAUCUCAGAUAUCUCCCAGAAAUUCAUCAAGUAUGAGAUGCAAGUUAUAAGCUAUCUGUGCUGUUGGUGCAAAGAUUGCACAAAAAAAUGUUUUUACUUUUAUUGUUAUUUAAAUAUUGCAUAUUCUCCUUUUGGAUCUUACUUUUAAUAACAGAAAAUGAAUUUCCCAGCAGCUGUAGUUUCCAUUGAGUUAAAGAGUUUAGAGCAGGGGUGGGCAAAGUAUGGCCCGUGGGCUGGAUGCGGCCUGCAUACAUCUUGGGACUGGCCCUGUCAAAAUGUUUCCAUUUUUUUAUUCAGCCUAGGUUAAUUUGAUUGAAAUUACUAAGUACAAUAUAGUAGGAAAUUGGCAGUCCGUAGCAUUUGAAUACAGACAAGAAUAAAAAUAACACAACUGACUUGUCUGAGCAGGGAAGACUGCCUUCAAAAUGUUUUUAAAAGUUUUAUUGUGAAUGAAUUCAAAUAGCUUCACUUUACACAAUAAAUUUGAUAAGUGAAUGCCAUUAUGUACUCCUUUACUGUCCAUUCCAUGAUCACUAGGUGUGUUCUGUAGUCACCUAGCAUGUUACUUAGAAUUUUUUAGGCUGGCCUACCGCAUAGCUUACUAUUUGAGACCAACCUGCAAAAUUUUACCCACUCUUGGUUUCGAGUAAUAAAAGUAAUAAGGACUCUGAAUGAUUGGGGAUUGGGGAGGAUAAAAUUUGAUUGGAAAUACUUCUAUAAUUUCGGAAAUUUCAGACAUAGUCUCUGUACCAGUGAGAUCAGUUUUCUUGAUUAAAACCUGAUGUUGGGUGAGGGUAGAAAGAAGUAUGUUUUUUCUUUUAACUGUAUAAAAUUUCCAUUCAUCUGGAUUUUUGUUUGUUUGCCUUGUGGUUGUGAUCAUUUAAUGUUGAACUGAACACUUCAACAUCAGUAUUUAUUUUAUAAAGGAAAGUGAUCUGCCACAGAUUUAGGAUUCCUUAAAAAUCUCAACUUCAGUACACCAGUCCACUACUCUUUGUUUGAAAACUGUGCAAUGUUUUUCUCAGAAUUAAAGAAUUGUUCAAUUUUAUUAAUUAAAAAAA